AUGUACUUCUCUACAUCCCUCACUGUCGCUGCCGCUGGCCUCGCCGCCGCCGCUCCUGCCAUUCAGAAGCGUGACUCUGGUCUCAACGACGGUGUCAUCCUCAACUAUGCUCUCACCCUCGAGCAUCUCGAGAACCAGUUCUACAUGCAGGGUCUCUCCAACUUCACCGAGAAGGACUUUGCCGAUGCUGGUUACGACUCCACCUUUUACAACAACAUCAAGACUGUCUCCAGCGAUGAGUCUGCUCACGUUGACUUCCUCACCAAGGCUCUUAAGGCUGCUGGUGUUACACCCGUUGAGAAGUGCUCUUACUCCUUCGGUGUCACAGAUGUCAAGUCAUUCCUUGCCACCGCCUCCAUUCUCGAGGGUGUCGGUGUCUCAGCUUACCUCGGUGCCGCCGCCGAUAUCAUGAGCAAGACUUACCUCACAGCAGCUGGUUCCAUCCUCACUGUCGAGGCCCGUCACUCCGCCUACAUCCGCGCGGGUAACAAGCAGGUUCCCUUCGCCCAACCCUUCGAUGCUCCUUUGACCUACAACGAGGUCUACUCCCUGGCCUCGGGCUUCAUCACCUCAUGCCCCAAGUCCAACCCAGCCCUUCCCGUCAAGGCCUUCCCCGCCUUGACUGCUACCUCCGACAAGGAGACCAUCAUGACUGGUGACAUGGUCACUCUCAUGACCCCUGGCACCACCGUCGAGGCCGCUGAUGGUCAGAAGGUCUACGCUGCCUUCAUCGCUGUCACUGGACCUACCUUCGUUGAGGCUAAGCCUGUCGAUGGUGGCUUCUCUGUUGAGAUCCCCAAGGGCUUUGCUGGCCAGACCUAUGUUGUCCUCACUGGCUGCAACGAGGCCGUUUCUGACGACACCGUCGCUGCUGGCCCUGCCAUCAUUGAGAUCUCCAGCUAA